GUGAUGCCCCUCUCUGGGCAGGAGCUACCCGAGGCCAGCGGGUGAGCACCAUGUUUGUGUGUAAAUGAUUGCCAUACAGCUCCUGUGAAGGGGUAAGCCCUCAGGUGAUGAACAUGUUCAGUGCGAGCCAGUCCUCCAAAGCCCAGUUCCUCGACAAAGCGCGCCAGGCCCGGGAGGAGCGGCGGGAGCUGAAGGAGCGUGAACGUGCUGCAGUGCUGCUGCAGGCGCUGGUCAGGAGGUUCCUCUGCCGAUGCCGCCUGCAGAGGGAGAUAAGGAGAGAAGUGGAGGAUUUCUUUGGGACAAAUGAAUCUGGCUCAAGUAAAAGGAGUGCUCUUUCCAUCUUCAGAAUUGCUAGGAAACUGCUGUUUAUAUUUAACCACAAAGAGGACAAAGAGAGAUUUGAAAAGCUGUGUCGUUGUAUUCUUAACAGUAUGGAUGCUGAGAAUGAGCCCAAGGUGUGGUAUGUGUCCCUGGCGCUCUCCAAGGAUCUUACACUCCUAUGGAUCAAACAGAUCAAAGACAUUUUGUGGUUUUGCUGUGAAUUUCUCAAGCAGCUUAAGCCUGACAUCCUACAAGACUCCAGACUGGUCAAUUUGCACCUCACAAUGCUUGUCACCUUCACAGACACUUCCACAUGGAAAAUCCUUCGGGGAAAAGGUGAAACCCUGAGGCCUGCCAUGAACCACAUCUGUGCAAACAUCAUGGGACAUCUGAAUCAGAAGGGAUUUUACUCCGUGCUGCAGAUUUUGCUGACUAAUGGCUUGGCAAGAUCCAGACCUUCCCUGUCCAAAGGCUCUUUAACUGCUGUCUUCUCUCUUGCACUGCGCCCUGUGGUCGCUGCACAGUUUUCAGACAACCUCCUGAGGUCAUUUCUGAUCCAUAUCAUGUCUGUGCCUGCUAUAAUGACUCAUCUUGCUACUCUAACACCUGAGCGUCUGGUGGUGAUAGAAUCCCAUGAGCUUUUCCGCAAGUUCAUCCUCUUUUUAAGUCGGGAAGCACAAUGCCAAGAUGUCUGCGUGUGCUUAGAGGGGAGUCACACUCUGUGUUUGUUAGGGAAUCUUGUGUUCCUGGGCUCCUUGAAUGAUAAAGUUCUCGAGGAGGAGACAGCUCACUUUGUGGGUGUGCUCAUUCACAUGCUCUCCUACUGCCAGAAGUACGUGUCGCAAAAGAAAUCCAACCUCACCCACUGGCAUCCUGUUCUGGGCUGGUUUUCACAGACUGUGGAUUAUGGAUUGAAUGAGUCUAUGCCUCUGCUGACAAAGCAACUGCAGCAUCUCUGGGGAGUCCAUAUGAUCCGCAUCCUCUUCUGUGAUGUGCUCAGCAAGAAAUUGCUGGAGAAUCAGGAAAUAGCUCAGCUGCCAUCACAGCCCAUUUCCCCUCAGAACAGCCUUCCUAUGAAGAAUCUGUUCAAAAGAGCUUUCCAGAAGUCAGCCUCUGUCCGCAACAUCCUCAAGCCUGUUGGGGGCAAGCGAGUGGACUCAGCUGAGGUGCAGAAGGUGUGCAGCAUCUGUGUGCUGUACCAGACCACGCUCACAACGCUGACACAGAUCCGCCUGCAGAUCCUCACAGGCCUCACCUACCUGGAUGAUCUGUUGCCCAAAUUAUGGGCCUUUAUCUGUGAGCUGGGCCCUCAGGGUGGGUUAAAACUCUUCUUGGAGUGCUUGAAUAACGAUACAGAGGAAUCCAAGAGGCUGCUGGCCAUGCUGAUGCUCUUCUGUGACUGCUCCCGCCACCUCAUCACGAUUCUGGAUGACAUAGAGGUCUAUGAAGAGCAGAUUUCGUUCAAACUGGAAGAGCUUGUUACCAUCUCAUCUUUCCUGAAUUCCUUUGUAUUUAAGAUGAUCUGGGAUGGAAUUGUAGAGAAUGCCAGAGGGGAGACCUUGGAGCUGUUUCACUCUGUCCAUGGCUGGCUCAUGGUGCUGUAUGAAAGGGACUGCCGCAGGCGAUUUGCUCCUGAGGAUCACUGGUUACGCAAGGACCUCAAACCCAGUGUGCUCUUCCAGGAGCUGGACAAGGACAAGAAACGAGCUCAGCUGCUCCUGCAGUACAUCCCACAUGUCAUCCCCCACAAGAACAGGGUUCUGCUUUUCCGUAACAUGGUGACAAAGGAGAAGGAGAAGCUUGGCCUGGUUGAAACCAGCUCCGCGUCCCCUCAUGUCACACACAUCACUAUCCGCCGCUCACGUAUGCUGGAGGAUGGAUACGAACAGCUACGGCAGCUUUCCCAGAAUGCCAUGAAGGGAGUGAUCAGGGUGAAGUUUGUGAAUGACCUGGGAGUCGAUGAGGCUGGGAUUGACCAAGAUGGGGUCUUCAAAGAGUUUCUGGAAGAGAUCAUUAAAAAAGUGUUUGACCCUGCACUCAAUCUGUUCAAGACAACCAGUGGUGAUGAGAGGCUGUAUCCAUCCCCAACGUCCUACAUCCACGAGAAUUACCUACAGCUCUUUGAGUUCGUGGGGAAGAUGCUUGGGAAGGCUGUGUAUGAGGGAAUAGUUGUGGAUGUACCAUUUGCUUCCUUCUUCCUGAGUCAGCUCCUUGGGCACCACCACAGUGUCUUCUACAGCUCCGUGGAUGAACUUCCCUCCCUGGACUCUGAGUUCUAUAAGAAUCUCACCUCAAUUAAGCGUUACGAUGGUGAUAUCAGUGACCUGGGCUUAACGCUGUCCUAUGAUGAAGAUGUGAUGGGUCAGCUUGUUUGCCAUGAACUUGUUCCUGGAGGGAAGACCAUUCCCGUUACCAAUGAAAAUAAGAUCAGCUACAUCCAUCUCAUGGCUCACUUCCGGAUGCACACGCAGAUCAAGAGCCAGACAGCAGCGCUCAUCAGUGGCUUCAGGUCCAUCAUUAAGCCUGAGUGGAUUCGGAUGUUCUCUGCACCUGAGUUGCAGCGGCUCAUUUCUGGUGACAACGCUGAGAUCGACCUCGAGGACUUAAAAAAACACACGGUGUACUAUGGGGGCUUCCAUGGGAGUCACCGAGUCAUCAUCUGGCUGUGGGACAUCCUGGGCAAUGACUUCAGCCCUGAGGAGAGAGCCAUGUUUCUCAAGUUUGUUACCAGCUGCUCCAGGCCUCCACUGCUGGGCUUUGCCUACCUCAAGCCUCCGUUUUCCAUCCGCUGCGUGGAAGUCUCUGAUGAUCAGGACACGGGUGACACACUGGGCAGCGUGCUGCGGGGCUUCUUCACCAUCCGCAAGAAAGAGCCGGGCGGGCGCCUCCCGACCUCCUCCACGUGCUUCAACCUCCUCAAGCUCCCCAACUACAGCAAGAAGAGCAUCCUGCGGGAGAAGCUGCGCUACGCCAUCAGCAUGAACACUGGCUUCGAGCUGUCCUAGUUGCCAUGGCCCUGGACUCCGUGAUGGGGACUCUCAGAGCUGCUGACUGCUGCUGGAGGUGGAGACCUUCCUGCACAGAGGCUGGAUCAGCUCCACGGGAGCUGGCUGCUCACUUCGAGGGCUGGAGAGAUGCAGCUGAUAAUAGAGGUUUACAGGGAAGAGCUGCUGGGCUAGACAGGGCUGGCUCUUUGUCGGGCACUGCUCCAGGAGGAGGGAGGUGAUGGGCCUGACCCAAUACACUUCACUUGACACCCACGUAAAUCGUCUUUAAAAGCAAACCCUGGGGGAGCAGAAAAGGAACAGUCCAAGUGCCAGUCAGAUUAGUGACCGUGAUACCCCCCGGCAGCCCGUGCGGCCUGGGCAGCUGCUGCUGUGGGAGUGUUUCUUUUCCCUUUCCCAGGACAUGGUCCAGUUUCUUACUGGGUGAAGUCAGCCUGGGGGAGGCUGUACAAAGGCAGAAACGUGACAGAGCCCACAGGGAGAGGAGGCUGCGGCGUUGGAUGUGCCACUGUUUUACUCAGGACAGGUACUGCCCGGGGGAUUCCUCAUGCCCUUGCCCUGUGCAAGGCCCUUAUGCGUGUCUCAGAGAGUGAACCACUUGCCCAGCCUCCAGAAGCAGCAGGUUAAACACAAGCAGAUGAACCCCACCAUUCUCAGGAAGGUUUCAGAGGGCUGUAGGUUAAGACCUGAAGCCGCAGGCGUGGGGUCAGCGUGCUGAGCUGCUGUGCCUCUGCCAGGCUCAUGCCAGGGCCUGUGCUUUGGAUGCAAGGGGUUGUCUGAGCUUGCUCAAGGAGCAGAAAAGGUUUAACUUGAUUUAGUUUCCAGAGGACAGGAGCUGGCAUGCAGCUCAGGCAGCCCUCACUCCCCAACGUGGUGCUCCAAUGGGGCAGGUCCCCCUGUGCUCCAGGGAAGGGGAAUGUGUGGAGCUGCCCAGAGCCCUCUGGAAACCACCACUGGCAAAAUUCCUCGUGCUUGGAUGGAAGUUUCACUUUGUGUGCAGGCCCUUUUGUUAGGGAGAUGUGCUGUUCCAAACAGGACUUGGCCUCUGCGUAACAGCCGCAUUUGCUUUGUUGCCAAACUAUUUCUCUUGGCUGCUUUGUCUCUUUCUGGCCUUAUUUUUAACACUUGGUGUUUGCCAGGAGCAGGCAGCUCUUCCAGGUGGUUCUGAAGGGCAGGGGGGGUGCAGGUGUGUGUGCUGGGAAGGUGCAGACCCUUCCUGCCAUUUCUAAUGCAGUCCAGAGCCUGAUUUGUCAGGUGUCUGCAGCUUCCCAGCCUUGGCCCCUCGUGUUGGGGGAGAGGAGAGAUUCCCUUCUCCUGGGCUGCUCUGUCCUUGCUGGUUGCUGGCACAAAGGAAAGCCAUGUACAUUCUGCUGUUCAGGAUAGGAUUACAAACCAGUCACCUUCUCCCUUUCGCCUGUUGCUGCUCACUAAGGAAACAAGCUCCCACAGAAGCUGCUGGUAUUCCCCUUGGAUUUCACAUCCCCUCCUUACCUUCCUAAGGUAAGGUGCUGGUAACCCUCACCCUGUGCUCUGGCCCCUCUGUGCUGUGUGGACAGAUGGGCUCAAAGCCUCACCACAGCCACUCCUGCAUGAGGCUGACAUACCCUACCUCGUUGCCUUGGUCCUUCCCACAGGGAUUCACAGCCCAGGCCCACUCCAUGCAGCAUGGGGUUCUGCAGGGAGACGCUUCCUGGGCUCUUUGGCAGAGCCUCUGAUCCAUGGUUUUGUUUCACAUCUCAAACAGACCAGCAAAUACUUGGCGCUGUUUAACCAAGAGUAUCGAGAUGCCCUUUGCUUCAUCUUCCUCUUCUGGCUUGCUUCAGCUGCUUUUUGGAGAGGUAACCCUGGUUUUAGAACCAAUGCCUGGAUGUGCAUUUGGAAAGCAAAGCCAGGGUCCUUUUCUAUGUCAACUUCAUUACUAAACAGGAGUGAUUGGAAGUGUUGGUGAGGGCAGGAAUCUGUUCAGAGGGCUCGAGAUCCUGGACUCCGAGUCCAAAGGAAUUAAUAGUACAUUUGUUUUAUUAACUUCACUGUUUUUAACAUAGAGCAUUUCAGCAUGAUGCAGUUGCUGACAGUGUGGUUGAGAGGGUUAGGCACUGACUUGUACCAAUCUUAGCUUCAAACACCACACCAGAUCCCUUCUUUUUUCCCUAGGGAAGUGCAGUGCGCCUCAAUAGAGCACGAUGAGCAUUCACUGAAGUGAGCUGUUGAACACUGAAUCUUUGCUCCCUUUUUUCCCUUCAUUCCUCACGAGUAUAAUUCCUAGAAAAGAUCUUAAUGCAGACUUAGCUAGGAGCCCCUAAACCUGCAGUUACUGCACUAUGAGGCACUACAUCCAGUUUGUAGCUAGUGUGUAAAACAGGAUUGGCUGGUAGGUGCCCUGCUGCCCGUGUGAGCAGCAGCAGCACCAUUUCUCUUGUGUAGCUGCUUUCUACAACUGGCUUUGGUAUGUUUGUACCCCAAGCAGAAGGCUGGGAGUGGGGACCAGCCCUGCCUGCACCGGUGGCCUUGCACAGGGGCUCCCUGUAGGGCAGGGGUGGAUUUGCCACAGGAGAUUAAUGACUGUUCUUCCUAUAGAAGACUUGUUUCUAUGGGACCUUGGUUAUGUCCCUUGUAUCAGAAAUGCAGGGAAGAGAAGAAUAAACCUGGGAUGAGCAAGGUGA